UGAAACUAUUUAAUUUUGUUGGUGACCCAUCAGUCAUCUUAAAGAAGUUGCGAAUAUCUGACUCACCUACGUAUUAUUCAAUUGUGUAAACUACAUUUUACUAGAAUAGUAAUCACCGUGGCGUUGAUCGAUUUUAGUUUCAAAUAAAAGUAUCAAUUCGAGAUGAAGCCAGUGCAUGCACUUGUCACAUAUGUGACGAUAUUUUUGGUCGUCAUGAGUCUUGUAAACGCUGACAUAAGUAAAUCGAAGUCCAAAGGCAAAAAGUAUGAUCGAACGAUCAAAGUGAAUGGCAAAGAUUUAACCAGAAAAGCAAUAGUUUUUGAUAAAGACACUCCCGAUGUAUUCUACUGUAUUCCAAACAAACCGACGGGUACAGAUAAGAUUAUAGUGAGAGCUCGCCCCAUUCAUAAGCUUUGCGAAUUCGAAGGAAAUCUUCCAGAUGAGGAUGAGUAUGAGCCUGAUUGCUAUAAGGAUGUCGAUGAAUCUGACUACGCGUGUAAAGAAAAAUACCGAAUAAUGAUGAGACUCUAUCCCCCCGGAUCCGAAGCCCCUUUUAAUGGAUCAAAACUCCAGAAAUUUAUGCAGAAAGACAAACGAACAACAAAAACUGACAAACAAACGUUAACAUAGUGUACGACGAGAACAAUGAAACCAAAAAGACAAUUCAUAUAUACGAUUGAAAUAAAUAAACACCUGGUCCGAAGACAUCAAUAAUACAGACGACUAAAAACGACUAAUGACAUUUUACUACCCCCUGUCUUUGUAUCUUGCUGAAGAGAGAGCAUUUCAUUGAAUGUUCUCCAAUUUAUGAUUGAAUUAUCCUCUUUAAGCGUUCUUUUCCGUUGCACAAAUUGAGGUCAAUGAACUGAAACGGGAUCCAUUUACUUGCCUAAUAAUUUGUUGAAACUAAUUUGAGAAAUUCUGAUAAAAUAUCUAUUGAAUAAAUAACAUCACCGCCUGCGAAAAUUAAAGCAAAAUCACAUUUUUGACUAAAUUAGUUUUA